CACAACAUACGGUCUGAUUUCACCGACAUUGACGUAAGCUGAGGCAACAAGGCUAGCCAGCUCUCUAAAAACUGCUUGUUUGGCUUGUCCCUUGUGCAGUUCCCUCCGAAACUGGUGGAGUUGGAGCUAGACAACUGCGUGAAGCUUGUUGAACUCCCCCGCUCAAUCGGGAGCUUGAAAUGGCUGCACAGCCUGCACAUGCACAACUGCCACAGCCUGAGAGCACUUCCGGACUCGAUUGGGGGCCUGGUCAUGCUGCAGGAGCUUGUGCUUAGCGUGUGUACCAGCAUCACGGAGCUGCCGCAGUCCUUGGGGAACCUCCACGACCUCGAGUACGUGGACCUUGCGGCUUGUUUCAAGCUCAUGGCCCUGCCCAGAAGCAUUGGAAGGUUGAUGGCGCUCAAGGUGAUGGACUUGACAGGAUGCGAGAGCCUGACGAGCUUGCCGCCGGAGAUCGGUGAGCUGCGGAACCUGAGAGAGCUGGUCCUGGCGGGGUGUGGGUCGCUCAAGGAGCUCCCCCCCGAGAUUGGGUCGCUCACACACUUGACCAACCUGGACGUGUCCCAUUGUGAGCAGCUGAUGCUUUUACCGCAGCAGAUUGGAAACCUGACUGGCUUGAGAGAGCUCAACAUGAUGUGGUGCGAGAAGCUGGCGGCCCUUCCCCCUCAGGUUGGCUUCCUCCACGAGCUGACGGACCUGGAGCUGUCCGACUGCAAGAACCUGCCAGAGCUUCCCGUGACCAUUGGGAAGCUGAGCUGUUUGAAACGGCUGCACCUGCGCGGAUGUGCUCACCUCAAAGUGCUGCCACCCGAGAUAGGUGGCCUCAAAAGCGUGAGCUCGAUUGACUUUCGGGGGUGCGUGAGCCUGGCAUCACUUCCGUCUGCGGAGAUUGCAAAGAUGAAACCGCUCACGUUCCUGGGUGCCGAGUGUGGGCCUGCCACCGAGCUGUGGCCAAACGUCCACCACCUCAGUGCGCUCAAGCGGCUUGACAUUGACGACAAGUCUGGCUGCUGCGUCCUUGUUCCAGCGGAGAUUUGGUCGCUUAGCACGUUGGAGAGGCUUGCGCUGCGGGGUUUCCGGGGAGUAGGCGGUUUUGCCCACGCAAAGUGGAACCUGCCCCUGCUCACGUCCCUGUGGAUGGAAGGCUUCACCAACGUGACCGCUCUGCCAUCAGAGCUGGCAAGUCUAACAUCAUUGACCCUCCUGGUGCUGGCUGAGUUCUCGAGCCUCACCGAGCUGCCGCCGGGCAUUGGCCACCUGAGCAAGCUGGAGAGGCUGAGCCUGAGAUGUAGAAAGCUCAAGACACUGGCGCCAGACAUGUUCAGGGGGCUAACAAAGCUGCGUUGCUUAAGCUUGGCCGAGUGCGUGAGCUUGACGACGCUGGCCGUACCCAGAGGGAGCCUGGCGUCCCUAGAGAUUCUCGACUUGGUAGGGUGCAGCAGCCUGACGGAGCUCCCGGCGGGCGUUGCCGGCAUGAGCUCGCUGGAGAGGCUCAACUGCAGGGAGUGCACCGCGCUCAAGGCCCUUCCCCCUCAAGUUGGCGAGCUAACAAGGCUGCAGGCACUCUACCUCCAGCAGUGCUCAACGCUCAAGGAGCUUCCGCCACAGAUUGGGAAGCUGUCCAUGCUGGAGAGGCUCGACUUGAAAAAGUGUGGCGGCCUAACGAGCUUGCCCUCGGAGAUUGGCAUGCUGUCAAGGCUCAAGUUCUUACAUCUCAAUGCGUGCACGGGUAUCAAGCAACUCCCGGCAGAGGUUGGAGACAUGCGGAGCCUGGUGGAGCUGGGGUUGGAAGGAUGUACGAGCCUCAAGGGGUUGCCAGCGCAGGUUGGUCAGCUGCGCAGCUUGGAAAACCUUGGUCUCGACGGCUGUACGGGCUUAGCAUCGCUGCCAGCGGAUGUGGGGAAUCUGGAAUCCCUCAAGCGUUUGUCACUGGCCAAGUGUGCGGCCCUCGAGGGGCUUCCGCGGGAGGUGGGCAGGCUGCCAAAGCUCAAGCUUUUGCGGCUGGACGGGUGCACCAGCAUGAGUGAAGUGCCUGCGGAGCUUGGACACGUGCAGACGCUCGUCAACUUGGGCUUGGAGGGGUGCACCUCGCUGAGCUCCAUACCGCCGGGGAUUUUCAGGCUGCCAAAUCUGGAGCUCUUGGACCUGAGGAGGUGCACACUGCUGGCUCAAGACGUGGGCUCCUCGUCGGACAUGCACAAGUAUGGCUGCACCCUGGUGACCAACGACUUGGACUGGGAAGGGUUUGAGGAGGUUUGGCUUUACUACUGAGUGGGGGCGGCGGAUUUUGUUGAGCGAGCGAGCGCAGAGCUUUGAUUCGAUUCCCUUUGGCAAUGGCAGAGGGUGUGGAUGGAUAAUAAUACAAGUGAGGCGAGGCAGUCAGAUUUGUUCACAUGGACAUCACAUGACCGAUGAUAUAACAAAACAUAUAUAUCCUAUAUAA